CCAUCAUACCCUGCAUACGCUCAAAGCUGUAGUGGAUUCCGUCUACAGCUGUUUUAAACCUUGUCUGCUGUUGUAUACUUUUUCUUGCAAUGGCACGGACUAAGCAGACCGCCCGUAAGCAUAUGGGCGGUGUUGGUCAACAGAAGCGAAGCUCAGUGCUUCAAAAGCACGCGAAGUCCCCGGAGACAAAAAUUAAGAAGGAGAACAUAGAAACCAGGGCUGUGAAGGGCGUGAAGGCCGUGAAGGGCCUCAAGGGUGUCAAGAAGCCCGUACCAGCACGGAAGAACCCCAUUCACGUUGUGGAGAGGCCUAAGCGGAGGUUUCGGAAGGGCACGGUGGCGCUCAGGGAAAUUAAGAAGUACCAGAAGACUGUAGACCUUCUCAUCCGCCGUGCUCCUUUCCAGCGCUUGGUCCGCGAGAUUGCCCAGAAGGGCGGCGUGAACGGUGAACUCAAGGACGUGCGGUUCAGGGCCGAUGCGCUCGAGGCGCUCCAAGAGGCCGCUGAGGCCCAUAUGGUGGGGAUGAUGGAGGACGCCAACCUGUGCGCCAUCCACGCGAAGCGCGUCACCAUCAUGCCCAAGGACAUGCAGCUGGCUCAGCGCAUUCGCCGCGAGGAGGCGCUGGACGACAAGUGAGGAAGAGAGGAGGAGGCCAGCCACCGAUUGCGUCUGUGGCCUGCUGCAUCGCAUCAGCCGCAGUAGCAGCUGCUGCAGCAACGAGGGAAUAAGUGUACUACAAGUGCUGCCUGCGGCAUGUCAGCGUUGCGUGUUGCGGACGCGAAUGCGGGGUGUGUGUGACUGGCGCCUGGGGAUGGAGGAGGAUGUACAUAAGGAGGAAAGGAGGAGGAGGUUUUCCGGGGCGUGGAAUGCUGUUGGGCAUUGCCGCUCUCUAGUUUGUGUAGAAUUAGUUCCUAGGCCCAUGGGAUGUAGCCAUGCGGAAUUCCACCAUGACUGUUCUUCAUUGUUUGUGAUGGGGUGGGCUGGGGCUGGCCCCGGCAAGGGGAAUGCUCUGUCCAGCUAUCCUUACUGACGUAUGCUACCUAGCGGCAUGCACACGGGGAACGCGGUGCUUUUUGGGGCCUGAGCAGAAGAGGACUGCUGAGUUGAGGGGGGCUUGGGGCUUCUGUGUGUGUGUUUUUCGUCGGCCGUUUGUCAUACGGUCUAAUGACGUUUGUAGUGUUUGUCGUCCACAGAGCCCACCUGCAAGGCCCUAGACCGCGGGCCAGGGGUCCACCAAGGCCUUGCGUUUGCCGCCACACGUUGGGUUGAACUUCUUCACCAGCCGGUGGAAUUAGCUUCUCUCUUGUCCACAUGGACAUAAGAAAUGAGGGUGCAUGCAUGUUCCCUAACUGUUUCCUAGUACCGGUACAUUGACACGUGUACCUGUUUCGUUCUUGUAUCUUCAAUCUCUGGUAACCAUGCAUGCAUGCCGCGGAACAUUAGCCGACACGUGAGGCGGUUGUGGCCUUACAGUUACCGGUACUUGCAACCAUCAG